UCUUGGUUACACGAGGGGGCAUAUGAAAAUCACAUCCUCGGAAAUGUUGGUUGGGCAACCUUCUUAGCUUCUCCUCUGUGUGUUUCCAUGGCACUGAGCAUCACAAUGGAGCCGGGUUCCAGAGGAAAACCUUGAACUCUACUGGCCAGACGUUUGCACCAGAUAUGAGACGACUCCUCCUGGUUUUUGUCCUAGGAGCAGGCGUGUUCUCCAUCAUCCACAGCAGCCUCCUCAAUUUCAAGGUGAUGAUCGAAAGGUUGACUCACAAGAAUGCCCUCAUCUAUUUCAGCGGCUACGGAUGCUACUGCGGAAAAGGCGGACGCGGGAAGCCAAGAGACAAGACCGAUAUUUGCUGCUACCUGCAUGACUGCUGCUACGAAGGCUUGCACGAAGUGAACUGCCAUCCGUACACCGAUCACUACAGAUACCUGAUCAUCAAUUCUGACAUUUUUUGCCAGUACAGAAACAGAAGCCUGUGCUCCAGACUGGCCUGCGAAUGCGACCGGCGAGCCACGCUGUGUUUCCAAAGGCAAGCCAAAACGUACAGCAAAAAGUUCCUCCACUACCCCGCCAUCUUGUGCAAGGAACCGACCCCGAAGUGCCCCAAAAAGAAACAGGAGCAGAGCAAGGCCUCCAACAAAGUGCAGAAACCGAGUCCAGGAAACGCUGGAGGCAACCAAGCCGUAAAGAAACCGGGGAGCCUCCUGGAGCUGGGAUGAAAGGCUGCCAGGAUUCAAAUA